ACGACCGGUAUUUUGGUGUAAACGUAGAGUGACCGUGUGCUCCGGUAAUGGACGGCAAAAAUGUGAAGGGGAUAUUGUUUGACUUGGACAACACACUCAUUGAAACAAGUCGGGCAGGUGAAGUGGCGAUACAAAAGACGAGUGAACAUUUGAAGACCACGCUGGGGCUCGAUGACAGCACCAUCAGCAGCAUUUGUGACAAGUUCAAGCAGAAGCUUCUCCAUGAGAGUUUUGACCCCUCAGCAGGCAGAUCCAUAGAUGAUGUGCGAGUGGGUCACUGGGAGGAGAGCAUCCAGGAGACUGUGGGCAGCAGUUCAUCACCCUGUCUGGCAGCUCAGUGCUACUCCUUGUGGAAAAACAGUCGCCUGGAGGCUCUCAGUCUGUCCCCUCAAAUAUGCAGCCUCCUGAAAAAACUGCGCAGCAGAUACAAGCUGCUGCUCCUGACCAACGGGGAAGCUCAGACCCAGAGAGAGAAAGUGGAGGCAGUAAGAUGUGAGGAGUUCUUUGAUGGUAUUGUGAUUGGGGGAGAACAUGCAGAGCAGAAACCAUUCCUCUCCAUCUUCACGACGUGUUUCAACAUGCUGGGGGUGGAGGCCCAGGACUGUGUCAUGGUUGGAGACUCUCUGGACACAGAUAUUCAGGGGGGCUUUAAUGCCAGAGUACGGGCUACAGUUUGGAUCAGCAACACAGGAGCUGUUGUGCCAGAUGGUUCAGUGACACCAGACUACACCAUCCCCACUGUGUUAGACCUGCCACACAUUCUGGAACAGCUGAACUAAGGACAACUGAUGACUGAAGCCAUGUGCGGCAUCACUUCAAGUGAGAUCUUGUGGAAAUUUUUAAUUAUGGAUAUGUUUAAUGAUCAUGAUCUCAACUGGAGCAUCUUUGAGCAGGGGUACUUUUUACUUUAAUUUAAUCAUUUUUCCAGGAAUUUUACAGGUGUACAUAUAUCUCUUACUGUCAUAUUUAACAACAUGGAGUCAGUAGUAAAAUUUGAUAAGUGCAGGUGUGGGCACUCAGGUGUCAACUAGUUUUGUGCUGUACAAGUGCUGUACCAAAAAAUAGUUAGUAGUUUACUUUUCCAUUGUUUGCUUCUUUACACUUCUACUCCACUACAUUUCAGUGAAAUGCUGUUUUUACUCCAUUAGACAACUAGUUACUAGUUUCUCUUUAGAUUAAGAUUUAACAUUAAAAAAAAUAUGAGCUUAAAAAUACAAAAGAUUGUGAGAGAUUUCUAACAGAUUUAGAUAUACAUCGUAUACUGUAGUUAACACUAGUUCCACCUCAAACAGAUCAUUGACUUGUAAUGGAGUAUGGAGUUGGUAUCUUCUCUUAAAUAAUUUGAUAUAAAUACCUUAUUCAAAACUACACAUGGUGUAACACUAUAAGAAUCAAAAAAGGAACAGUGGUACGGCACAUUAUUUUUAUUUUUAUUCAACACUAAGAACGACUGUACAAAAGACCUUUUUUUUUAACAUACCUCCACAGAACAUGUCGACACAUUCAAUCCAUUAUAUGCUGCUUCUUGGUCAAGUCUUGGCCAGUAAAAUACUAAAGACACA